GCAGACCACACCCAUUCUUCCACAGUUGCUGGGCGUGGCACACUAGCUCGGCCCCCUCAUGAACAAAGUCCUUGUAGUACAAAAGUAUCGCUUCCAGAAGCUCCACCUACAGAACGAGACCACACCCACUGCCACACUCAUUUGUCUCCGCCCACUAACCUGCUCUACCAAUCUCUGAACACUCCACUGAGUCUCCUCACUCACCUGGACAUGUUGGUUACCACAGCAACCCAGUUACCAGGCAACACAGACACACGGAGAGUUGACUUGGAAGAUCAUUGUCUACUGC